AUGCCCCGGCCCCCAGGGCUGGCAUCUGCCAGCCCCAUCGCUCCGGGCAACGCAGCCCCGGCCCUGACGCGCCCGCUCUGUCGUCGCUGCAGGGAUGGCACGAGGGAGCCCAACUUCUCCUCCGUUCUCUUCGCCCUGUGCAAGAGCGGCCUGGCUGAGGUGCGGGGCGACUUCGUGCGCUUCGGGAAGGUGAAAAAGAGAGUGAAGAUUAGAGACCAGUAUUGGACCCCCGAGGAGCCCCCUGCGGACAGCCAGGAGCCAGGCACCGAACGGCCCCCCGCCAGAGGCCGUGCCAAGAAAAGAGCGGAGUUCAUCCAGGGGAAGCACGGGGUGGAGAUCCUCUCCGAGCAUGACCAGGGCAAUGGGCGCAUCCGCUUCUCCGUCACGCCCACGGAGCCGGCGACGACCAGCAUCUGGGUUCAGAACAACGGCCAGGAGGCCGUCACGCUGCUGGGCUACCGGGCGCUGCGGAGGCAGCACGAGCUCACCUUCCACGACGAGGGCAAGGUGACCAAGCAGCAGCCCCGGGUGCUGGCGCCGGGGGACUCGUACGCGAUCGAGGUGCGGUGCCUGACGCAGCUCUAUGGCUACUUUCCCGCCACCCUGCUGUUCCAGUUCACCAAGGAGCCGGAUGGGCCCUUCGCCAUCGGGCGCUUCGUGUCGGCCGUAGCCAGCAGCCGGCUGGCUCAGGAGCUGGGGCCCUCGGCACCCUACAAGCCUUACCAGGCCAAGCUGAAGAAGUCGGUCACAGUGAUCACCGAGGAGGGCUUCCCUCCCGACAGCACCCAGCCCCCCGAGACCGCCAAGCUUAAGCAGCUGAUCCCGCUGGGCCACUACCGGUACCCGGAGAGCCUGAAGGACACGGUCGGCACCGCGCCCAGCAGCCUGCGGUCGGCCCUGCUCCGUCCCCAGGUCCCCGGCGUGGCAGAGAACCGCCCGUCCGUGCUGCGGGGCGACCACCUGUUCGUCAGCAGGAGCGAGCAGCGCGGCGCGCCCCACCUCGUCCGCUACAAGGGCUACGUGCAUGCCGUGGAGCUGGAGAGGGUCAAGCUGGGAUUCUCCUCCACCCUGCUGGACUCCUUCGUGGACAAACUGAAGUUCGACGUGACCUUCACCUUCAACCGGCUGCCGCUGCGGGUGCAGCACCGGGCCGUGGAGCUGGCCGAGAAGAGGCGCCUGAGCUGCCUCCUCUUCCCGUCCUUCUCGCUCAGGCAGUCCCUCCUCCCCGAGGGGGCCCCGCUCAGGCUGUUCGACCGGAGCCUGGAGACCAACCAGGAGCAGUCCGGAGCGGUGAGGCAGAUCGCCACGGGGCUGUCCCGCCCGGCGCCGUACAUCAUCUUCGGGCCCCCGGGCACCGGCAAGACGGUCACCAUGGUGGAGGCCAUCAAACAGGUGGCACACUGCAUCGAGGGCUCCCACAUCCUGGCCUGCGCCCCCUCCAACAGCGCCUCGGACCUGCUCUGCCAGCGCCUGCUGAAACACCUGGACAAGGGCCGCAUCUAUCGGCUCAACGCCAGCAGCCGGGACUUCCGCCAGGUGCCAGAGGAGAUCAAGCCCUGCUGUAACUGGGACCCUGCCCAGCAGUGCCACGUGUACCCAGGCAAGGAGGAGCUGCAGCACUUCCGCGUCAUUGUCACCACCCUGGUGACGGCAGGAAGGGGGCGGGUCACAGGGCCGUGCCAGGCGGGGGGGCGGGUCACAGGGCUGCUCUCUCUUGCAGAUGUCUCGCUGCUGGAGAGGCUGAUGCUGCACAACACGCUGUACCAAAGGGGAGCCCAGGGCUACGACCCCCAAUUCGUCACCAAGUUACUGCGGAACUACAGGUGCCGUGUCCGCCCUGGCGGGACUGACUCCGCCCGGGGGGCCUGCUGGAGCGGGGCAGCCAAGCCCUGCACUAAUGGCAGCCAGCUGCUGCAGAGCCAGGGCAGGCGGGGCCGCGCCAGCCUCUCCCCCAAGGAGAUCGGGAUCAUCUCCCCCUACAGGAAGCAGGUGGAGAAGAUCAGACUGGCCAUCACCAGACUGGACCCUGAGCUGAAGCAGCUGCCAGACAUCAAGGAGCUGAAGGUGGGCUCGGUGGAGGAGUUCCAGGGCCAGGAGCGGCGCGUGAUCCUCGUCUCCACCGUGCGCAGCUGCCCCGAGUUCCUAGCCAUGGAUGAAAAGUUCAAACUGGGCUUCCUCAAGAACCCCAAGGUAGGUGCCGGGCCCUCAGCAGCCCUGGCCCACAGAGCCCUUAGCUGGGCUGGGGAGCUGGGGGUCGCCCUGGCCACCCACCCCCACUCCCUCCCCACCCGCUUUCCCAGGCCACUGCUGAGUGGUGGGCCCCAUCAGCCCCCGAGCGCGGCCGUACUCUGCAAGGACCCUCACUGGGGCACGUUCCUCAAGUACUGCGUGGAGCAGGGCGGGUACACGGGCUGCACCUACACCCCGGAGAGCCCUGAAGAGGAGGCGCUGGCGGACGAGCUUAGCUCCCUCCCCUUGGACACGGAGCCAGCAGGGACCCCAGCCGGCGAGAGCCACGUCCAGCAGCAGCUGGGGCCGGGGUGGAGACACGAGCACUGAGGGGGAGCCUGCCACUCGGCCCCCUGCCGCCUCAGCACCCACCCGGCUUCCCCGCCCUCUCAGCAGCUGCCCUUUGCGGCCACAUUCCUACCGCCCCCCGCCCUGCCUGGGCUGACGGCUACCUCACGCCUCACUGCACCUUGCGAGCCCAGCGCGCUCUUGGCGCCGCGGGAGGCAGGACCCCCCCGCCGCGAGGGCUGGGCUUGGCCGCAGGUGGAGUUGGGGUCAACGCCUAUUUUACACCUGUUGGGAAAAGCGCUUGUUUUUAAAAAAAUCAUCUCACCCCAGGCCCCUGGCGAGCCCGGCCCACCACAGGCAGCCCUGCGGCAACUUGGCGCCCCCCGGGGGCACCCGCGUGGCACACGCAGCAAGGGGCUACAACCAUCUGCCAUCAAGAGCCCCGUUCCAGAGCCCCGCUGCAGGGCCAGGAGCUGCGCCAGGGCCGGCGAGAGCCUUGCUCAGGUCUUUGUGAUGCCGCUGUCAGAUUCAGUACUAGGGGGUCUCUCAGGGAGCCAAGACUGCUCUGCAAUAAAGGCUCAGGGGAAAGCACUGGUGUGGGCCUCCCACUCCGUC